CAUCGAGGUGGUAGUAUCAUACACCUCUGACCACCACUCCCCCCAUGCCUAUAUAAGCAGAGGCCACCCCCUUCGUCUCCCUCCCCCAUCCCAGCGAGAAAGCCUGUCGAGCUACCCCCAAACCAUUCCUCUGCUUCCCUCCUCUGUUUCUUGGACACGCACACACAAACACUGGGAAUUCGUACGCAUUGUAGCCAUGGUUGUCCUAUCCAAGGGCGAGCUGGAGCAGAUCGCGCUCCCGGGCGUGCAGCGCGCGGCGCCGCCGCUGGCCGCCGUGCCGGAGGUCGACCUGUCCACGGCGGCCACCAGCGGCCGCGCGGCGGCGGCGCGCGCGGUGGCCAGGGCGUGCGAGGAGCACGGGUUCUUCAAGGUGACGGGCCACGGCGUGCCGCGGCCGCUUCUGGCGCGCGUCGAGGCCGCGGCCACCGCCUUCUUCGCGCUGCCGCAGCGGGAGAAGGAGAAGGCCGCCGCGGCGGUGGCGGCGCCGGGAGGCGGCCCGUUCGGGUACAACAGCAAGCGGAUAGGCGGCAACGGCGACCUCGGCUGGGUCGAGUACCUCCUGCUCGGCGUCACGGCCGUCGGCGCCGCUGCUGCGCCCGUGGCGUCGCCCGGCGCGCCGCCGCCGUCCGCGCCCGCGGAGGCGUCGCCCUGCUGUUUCCGUGAUCUUCUGGACGAGUACGUCGCGGCGGUGCGGCGGAUGACGUGCACGGUGCUGGAGCUGAUGGCGGAAGGCCUGGGGCUGGAGGACAGGGGCGUGUUCACCAGGCUGGUGCUGGACGGGGACAGCGACUCCAUGCUGAGGGUGAACCACUACCCGCCCAAGCAGCAGCAGCAGCAAGGCAGCCGCCUCACGGGGUUCGGCGAGCACACCGACCCCCAGAUCAUCUCCGUCCUCCGCUCCAACGCCACCGCCGGACUCGAGAUCGAGCUCAGGGACGGCACCUGGGUCGCCGUGCCCUCCGACACCGACUCAUUCUUCGUCAACGUCGGCGACGCACUCCAGGUGCUGACGAACGGGCGGUUCCGGAGCGUGCGGCACCGGGUGAUGGUGAGCAGCGCGCGGCCGCGGGUGUCGGUCAUCUUCUUCGGGGGCCCGCCGCCGCGGGAGCGCCUCGCGCCGCUGCCGGGCCUCGUCGACCGGGAGGGAGGACGCCGCCGCUACAGGGAGUUCACAUGGAGGGAGUACAAGACGUCCGCCUACAGGACCAAGCUCGCCGACAACCGCCUCGGAUACUUCGAGACCGCCACGGCCGCCGCCGCCGCCGCCGCCGCCACCAGCUAGUCAGCUAAGCCGCCGCGCUGGUGGUUGGUCGAUCGCCGGCGAGCCUCUGGAUGAUGUGUAGUAGCGUAGAAAUGUUCUCUCUCUUGUGUGUGGUAUAGCUUCUGUGUUCGUGUGAAGCAAGAGCGGCUUCGUGCACCGGUGCCCCUGUUCUUGUGGGAACGAAAGCGGUCAGGGGCCAGUGUGCCCGGCCAUGGCGAAAGCCUGUAACGCGAGAAUGGCCAGACGAAAAUGAUAGAAAUGUACACGUAAUCACGAGUUUUCUAUGCGUGGAUUCGCACAAA